ACCAGAGGAGAGAGGAGGCCUGGGAAGCUGGAGGGAGGAGCCGCGCUGCAAAAAAAGGAGGAGCGUUUUGCAGCAGGGAAGGCGAAGAAGCAGCCGGACCGGGUCUUGCGCUUUGCAGCCGGGUUGCCAACUGACCCGAAGGAAGCCCCGCCCUCGGCUGCUCUUGCGCCUCCCCGAUGCCCUGCUACGCCCGGGGAGGGAGGAGCCGCGUUGCACGAAAAGGGGAAAAGAAGCGCUCUCUUUUUGCAGGAAAGGCGCCCGGCCUGUGCCUUCCGCUACCCCGUGACGUCGGGAAAGGGAGGAGCCGCCUUGCAAGGAAGAAAGGCCUUUCUUGCACAAGAGGCUUCUUUGCAGCUUCGCCUCUGCAGCCGCGUUGCCAACUGACCCGGAGGAAAGCCUGGGCGGCUGCUGCUGCUGCGCCUUCUUGCCGCCGCGCGAGCUUCUUGCUCCAGGAUGGAGGUAAAAGCGCCUCUGCCUUUUUGCAAUGCACCGCCUGCCCCGAGCAGGCCGGGCUCCCUUUCCCCGGCCCGGCAAGCGCCCCUUCGCCGCUGCCGCCGGGCUCUUUGUUCCCGCUGGCGGGCCGGGCGCGAUGGAGGCGCGCGUAAAGCGCCGCGCGUAAAGCUCCGGCCCGCAGCGCCUUUCCAAGCGCUGGAGGGGGCCGCCUGCGCCCUCCAAGGGAGAAGUUGGGGGAGAGAUCGCUGGUGGGAGGGGAAACAUUUCGGGAUUCGAACCCAGAACAGCAGCAAUUUGGGCCCGGCACCUAUUUCCCAGGCCUGGAGGAGGAGGACCUGAGUGGUCCAGCUCACUCAAGGUUGCUUAUACUGGCCGCCAGCGGCUCUCCAGAAAUCAUCAUCAUCGAUGCUGUUUUUGUAGAAAAAUGGGUUGCUGAGCUCACCUGAGAGGUGCUGGAACUGAGUUCUGGUUGAAACCAAGCCUUGAUGAUGAUGUUGAGGCUUAUAGAUUUUCAUUUUGCGUGUACCUGCAGCAGAUUGAAGGGGCAUUGCAAUAGGUGGAAAGUAAAGGAUGAACAAAAUUAUAAAAGAGGCAAGCAGAAUGUGGUGCCCACCCUGUGAACCGCCCUCCCACCAGAUGUCAAAGAAAUAAACAACUAUCUGACUUUUAGAAGACAGCUGAAGGCAGCUGCAGUUUGACGGAUUACUAUGUUUUAAUAUUUUGCUGGAAGCUGCCCAGAGUGGCUGGGGAAACCCAGCCAGAUGGGCGGGACAUUAAUAAUAAUAAUAAUAAUAAAAUGGGCAGAGGUUAGAAUAGCAAAGCCAUGAAUGCCCUAAGCUCAAGGAAGGCAGAAUCAUAUAAAAAAUGAGGUUCUAGUCCUGGUCGAAAUCUCAGAUUAUUUGUAAUUUUCUCCAUGACAGCUCUGUUCCAGAGUGAGUGGCCCCAAGCAUUUGGUGUUAAAUUUUGGGCUGCUUUCCACUGAGCUGCAAUUGCUAUUCGUCCUGCCAAGAUAAUAUAUCCUUUGAACAAUACAUUUCCAUUGGUAUUACCAACAAACCUCUGAACUGUUCUUAUACAUCUUGGCCAAUUUGGCUGGGGUUAGGUACCAUCUGUAUAACAUCUUCAUUAUGUUUUCUCUAAUAUUGUCACCGCAUGUCAUCCAGAUUUGCCUUUGGCACUCAGCCUUGACACUGGUCUGUAAUAAUAAUAAUAAUAAUAAUAAUAAUAAUUUAUUAUUUGUACCCUGCCCAUCUGGCUGGGUUUCCCCAGCCACUCAGGGCAGCUUCCAACAAAGAUUAAAAAUACAUUAAAUUAAAUUACAUUAAAUUACAUUACUUCCAUAUUCCAGAAAACCUGAGGCAGUCGUAGGGUUUGUUUUUGGGAUGAGGAGGGUUGUGUUGUGGCAAACCUCGGCAUUUUCACAGAGAUAUGUUGGCUUCCAUCACAGCUUUGACUUCCUGCAUUGCCGUGGGUUGGGCUGGGUGACCUUUGGGGGGGUCCCUUCCCACUCUACAAUUCUACGUCCUCAUUUCCGCAGGUGACAUUUGAGGACGUGGCCGUCUACUUCUGCCGGGAAGAGUGGGCGGAAUUAAUUCCGUGGCAGAAGGAACUCUACCGGGGUGUGAUGGUGGAAAACUACGAGGCGGUCCUUUCCGUGGGUAAAUAUACUGCCGUCCUCUGGAACUCGGUUCGCUGGCGGGGAGGGUGAGGCUGUGGUGGUUGGUCCAGUGGUCCAACACUGGUUUCAUUUGCAGAGCCCAUUAGUUACUCAGAAGUAGACUGCCUCUGCCUCUGGAGGUUCAAUUUAGCUCUCACGGCUGUUUGAUUGAUAGGCCCAUCGUCCUCCAUGAAUUUCCCUUUCUUAAUCAUAUUUUAAAAAAUUGAUGUACAUACAAUUUAACAAAUUUAGUUCCGUUUCCGUACAGUAACCCCUUAGCAUUUUGUCUUUUCCACCCUUACUUCUGUGAUGUUUCUGUUUAAAUCCUUUUCUCUACUGCCUUAAAAAUAAUACUUAUUUCUAAUACACAUAUCCUACGUUACAUUCCUUUAUCAUUCUCAUUCCUUUCCAAACCUGCCUGCAGUUUCAUUUGACUCAGAUAAUCUGAAACAGGGUCCAUGAAAUUUCUCUGCAUUUCUGCCCAGGCUCAGAGAGUUCGUCCUUCUCACUGAAGGUGGGCAGCCGCAAACAGCACGAUAUUCAUGCUCUUUUCACAGCAUCUGAGACUGAGAGAUAUACUGCCCCUGACUGUGGAGAUUCUGUUAAGCAGCCAUCAGAGCUAAUAGCCAUUGAGAGAUUAUCCUCCAGAGUUGGUGGGUUAAAUGCCUUCCGUAAAGAGGCAAAUGGUGGCACUGCCCACCAUUUGACUUCAAUGGGUGACCUCCAGCGUAUUGGGAAAGGGGCAGAAUUCGUCCCUGGCUGCUGGAUCUGUGGGAAUGUUCAGGGAUGCAGGAGAGGAUAUAUUGUCUGAUUAUGGCCUUUCCAACUUGUGUAAACAAGUUCACAAUUUAGCAGAGUAACAUUCCCCCUUUUAAACUUACAGCGGCUGCGUUUGCUCAGGCUCGCUAAAGCCUCUAUAAUAACUGUUCUGGUAUUUCCCCCUUAUUCCCUCAUAAAAGAUAAGACACAACACAGUCUUCUAGAAAAGUAUAAAAAGAGUUUACUCACUCACAUUCUGUUCACAAGUGGAUCCCAGAAGGCAGACUUAGCUUAGAAAAGUAACAUAUACCUGGAAAGUAUCUCAUAAGGAGACAGUCCCUUUGUUUUUUUGUUUUGUUUUUGUUUUUGUUUUUUUUCCUUUUAAAUAAUGUUUAUUAUUUUCCAAAAACUUAAACACUAAAAAAAAAACCAACAAUCAAACAAUACAAUGCAACGCUUUACAAUAAAUCAACAAAACAAUACAAUACAUUAAAUCAACAAAACAGUACAAAAGCAACAACAAAAAAGAAAAAAUCAACCAUUUUCGUUAUUCAUCUUUCAUUCUCUUAUUUCCACGACCUCCUCACACCUCCCUUUUUGUUUUUUUGUUUUUUAUAUAAUGUUUAUUGGGUUUUACAAAAAGAUACAAAAAUCACAAAACAACAAAAACAGAAAAAUAAAAUAAAAAUAACAAUAAAAAAUAAAAAAAAAACAGUUUAAAAUUUCUACUCUCUUUUAACCUUAAUCUCCUCUCCUUAGUUCUUUGACCUCCUCACACCUCCCCGCUUGCAUUCCCAUUUAAAAAGUCCUUUCAGCAAAUCCUUACCCUCUUUCCUUUAUCUUAACUCGAAAACUUAACCUAUUAUAAGUAAAUAUUUUUAACCAUUAUCAGUCUAUAUUUACAUACUCUUAUAAGCAAAACUUUUUACCAAUACCACUUAUUUUAAAUCAGACAUCAUUUUAACAUUCAUUAAUUUUACAGUAUUUCUACAGAUAGUCUUUAAAUUUCUUCCAAUCUUCUUCCACCAACUCUUCUCUCUGGUCACGGAUUCUGCCAGUCAUUUCUGCCAAUUCCAUGUAGUCAAUCACCUUCGUUUGCCAUUCUUCCAAGGUGGGUAAAUCUGGUGUCUUCCAAUACUUUGCGAUGAAUAUUCUUGCUGCUGCUGUUGCAUACAUAAAGAAAGUUCUAUCUUUCUUUGGCACCAAUUGGCCAACAAUGCCCAAGAGGAAGGCCUCUGGUUUCUUCAAGAAGGUAUAUUUAAAUACCUUUUUCAACUCAUUAUAUAUCAUUUCCCAGAAGGCCUUAAUCUUUGGGCACGUCCACCAAAGGUGAAAGAAUGUACCUUCAAUUUCUUUACAUUUCCAACAUUUAUUAUCGGGCAAAUGAUAGAUUUUUGCAAGCUUGACUGGGGUCAUGUACCACCUGUACACCAUUUUCAUUAUGUUCUCUUUUAAAGCAUUACAUGCUGUAAACUUCGUACCUGUGGUCCAUAACUGUUCCCAGUCAGCAAACAUGAUGUUGUGUCCAACAUCCUGUGCCCAUUUAAUCAUAGCAGAUUUUACCGUUUCAUCCUGAGUAUUCCAUUUUAACAGCAAGUUAUACAUUCUUGAAAGUAUUUUCGUUUUGGGGUCUAACAGUUCUGUUUCUAACUUUGAUUUUUCCACCUGGAAACCAAUUUUUCUGUCCGAAUUGUAAACCUCUCUUAUUUGAUAAUAGUGAAACCAGUCUCGCACUCUAUCUUUUAGUUUCUCAAAGCUCUGCAAUUUCAGUUUGUCUCCUUCUUGUUCCAAGAUCUCCCAAUAUUUUGGCCACUUGGCCUCCAUAUUGAGCUUUUUCAGGGCCUUUGCCUCCAUUGGUGAUAACCACCUUGGGGUUUUGCUUUCAAGUAAGUCCUUGUAUCUUAUCCAGACAUUGAACAAUGCUUUCCUGACAAUAUGGUUUUUAAAUGCUUUAUGAGCUUUGACCUUGUCGUACCACAAAUAUGCAUGCCACCCGAAAACAUUGUUGAAACCUUCUAAAUCCAAAAUGUCUGUGUUCUCAAGAAGCAGCCAGUCCUUCAGCCAGCAAAAAGCUGCUGAUUCGUAAUAAAGUUUAAAGUCUGGCAGGGCAAAUCCCCCUCUUUCUUUAGCAUCAGUUAAUAUUUUAAAUUUUAUUCUGGGCUUCUUGCCCUGCCAGACAAAUUUAGAAAUGUCUCUCUGCCACUUCUUAAAACAGUCCAUUUUAUCUAUUAUUUGUAUCGAUUGAAACAAAAACAGCAUUCUUGGCAAUACAUUCAUCUUGAUGACAGCAAUUCGACCUAACAAGGAAAGCUUCAAAUUUGUCCAUAUUUCUAAGUCCUUUUUAAUGUCCGACCAACACUUUUCAUAAUUGUCCUUAAAUAAAUUCCCAUUUUUGGCUGUCAUAUUAAUCCCCAAGUACUUCACUUUCUUUACCACUGUUAAACCUGUCUCAUUCUGAAACCUCUCUCUUUCAAUCGGUGUUAGAUUCUUCUCAAGUACUUUAGUUUUUAACUUAUUCAACUUGAAACCUGCCACUUGACCAAACUCUUGGAUCAGUUCUAGUACUCUUUUAGUAAGAGUACUAAAUGUAAGCUCCUGUAAUGUCAAUACAAGGUCAUCUGCAAAAGCUUUCAGUUUAUAUUGCUUUGCUCCGACCGUUAUACCCUUAAUCAAAUGGUCCCUUCUUAUCAUAUUUAACAGAACCUUCAGAACGGAAAUAAAAAGUAAUGGGGAAAUUGGGCAACCUUGUCGUGUCCCUUUCUCUAUCUUAAUUUCCUCUGUUAUCACAUUAUUAACUAUUAAUUUGGCCUUUUGUUCUGAAUAAAUUGCAUUUAUACCAUUUUCAAACUCUUGGCCUACCCCCAUCCCCUGGAGAUUUUUCUUCAUAAAGCUCCAAGAAAUAUUGUCAAAGGUUUUCUCUGCAUCCACAAAAAUCAAAACUGCUUUAGUAUUAAUCUCUUCUUGCAGCUUCUCCAGGAUAUUAAUUAUAUUCCUCGUGUUAUCAGAGAGAUGUCUAUCUGGAAGAAAGCCAGCUUGGUCCUUAUGAAUCUCUUCUUUUAACACUUUUUUAAGCCUUUUUGCCAAAAUAUCAGCAAAAAUUUUGUAAUCCACAUUUAACAGGGAUAUGGGCCGGUAGUUCUUGACCUGUGUCUUUUCAGUCUCUGAUUUUGGUAUAAGUGUAAUGUAUGCUUCUUUCCACGACUCUGGCGCUCUUUUCCCCUCUAGAAUUUCAUUGCAAACCUCCAUUAACGGUCGAAUUAUCCAAUCUUUCAGGGUUCUGUAGUAUUUUGAGGUUAAGCCGUCCGGUCCUGGAGAUUUUCCCAGCUGCAUAUUCUGGAUGGCACCUUCUACCUCCUGUUCCGUAAUUUUAUAGUUCAACAGUGUCUUAUUAUCUUGAGAGAUUUUUUGUAAUCCAUUGGUCUUCAAGAAUUGAUCUAUUUCAAAUUCUUUCUGAGGCCCUUGUGUAUAUAGUUGUUUAAAAUACCUCUGGAAACAUUUCCUAAUUUCCGCUGGAUUCUGGAUAUUUUUCCCUUCCACUUCCAAAUUGGUAAUAGUAUUAAGUUUUUGUCGUUUCUUCAACUGCCAAGCUAGCAGUUUCCCACAUUUAUUUGCCGAUUCAAAAGUCUUUUGUCUCAUUUGUUUAAUUUUCCAUUCCACUUCCUGAUUUAUCAUUUUCAUAUACUGAACUUGAUACAAUUUUAUUUCCCUCAGAAUCUCUUGUGAGUUGGGCUUCACUCUCAGUUUCUUCUCGCCCUCCUUUAUUUUUUCCAAAAUUUUUUCUUUCUUUACAUUUUGGGCCCUCUUCUUUACUGAAUUCUGUUGAAUCAGGAAGCCCCUCAUAACCGCUUUACUUGCGUCCCAGAUUGUUCUUUUUUCCACAGCUGUAUUCAAAUUUAUCUCAAAAUAGUCUCUCAAAGUUUUUUGGGCCUUCUUGAUCACCUCUUGAUCUCUAAACAAGGUGUCAUUCAUCCUCCAUCGGAAGGAACCAGUGGAUGUUAGCUUCAUCUCCAUUCUCACGGCGUUAUGGUCGGAGCAUGUCUUUGGGCAGAUCUCUACCUUCCUAACCUUAGGUGCCAGUCCUCUAGUAGUCCAGAUUUGGUCAAUUCUUGUCCAUGUCUUUUGGGCUUCAGAGAAAAAGGUUCCCUCUCUACCAAGGGGAUUCCUAGUUCUCCAAAUGUCAAUCAAGUCCAUAUUGUCAGUCAGUUCAAAAAAAGUUUUCGGUAGUCUGCCAUCUUUAGUGACUACCUCUGUUUGCGACUUGUCCAUAUUUGUGGAUACCACCCCAUUCAUAUCUCCCAUCAAAACGAUGUUAUGGUCCAUAUAGUCCAUCAAAGUCUCAUGCAACUUUUUAUAAAAUAUAGAUUUCCCCUCGUUCGGUGCAUACAGGCCUACUAUCAAAAAUUUUUCUCCUUGUGCUUGAAUUUCAAUUGCUAUAAAUCUUCCUUGAUCAUCUUUAAAGACGAAUUUCGGUGACAGGCUCUCUUUUGCAUAAAUGACCACUCCUCGUUUUUUAACUUUAUCUGAUGAAAUAAAUUCUUGGCCCAGCCUCUUGUUAAUCAAUAUUUUCCUAUGUAGCCUUGUCACAUGCGUUUCCUGUAGACAAAUUAAGUCCAAUUGUUCUUUUUUGAGUAUGUGAAAUACUUUUUUCCUUUUUUCCGGGGCAUUAAAACCACGAAUAUUCCAGGUUAAUAGUUGCAGAGACAUGAUGUAUUUAGCUUACUUGGGUGGCUUUGAAAGAGGAUCAUGCGAAUCCAUGGAGGAGGAGAGGGCUAUAGAGGGCUCCUGGCCAGGAGGGCUCUGUUCCACUUUCCUGGGCGCUUCCCGUAACAGGCAUCUGGACAAGAUGCCUGCAUUGCCGGGGUUGGACUAGAUGACCCGCAGGCCCCCUUCCAACUCAACAAUUCUCUGAUUCUCUGAUGCUGGACUACGUGGGCCCCUGGCCUGAAAUACUGCCAAAAUAAAAUGAAAGUGUCUCUCUCCCACGCAGGCCGCUUGUCUGUGAAACCGGAGAUCAUCAGCAAAAUCGAACGGGAGGAGGCCGAGCUGUGCAUCGGAGAGUUUUGGAAGCCCCCCCAGUGGAGAGACCCUUCGGGCCAGUGGCUAGGUCAGUAGUCCAUGUUGCGUUCUAGUUCCCCCCACUCUUUUUGUUUUGUUGUUGUUUUUUUGAAUUUUUUUUAUUAGAAAUUUCAACAUAACAAUUAAUCAAAAACACAUCAUCUUCAUUUUUCCUCCCCAUUUUUCCCUCCCCAAGAAAGAAAAACCCACCCUCCCGCGCACCCUCCGACUUCCCUCAGCUCCUCUCUGGAUUUUCAGCACAUGUUAUUCUCUGCAUAUUAUAAAAUUGUAAAGAUCCUUAAUUUAUCUAUCUAUAUGUUACCAAUAAAAAGUUUGUGAGUGUUUAUUCAAAGCCUGCCAAGGAGUCCAGUUCAUUUUGUUGUUUCUUAAAGUACUUUGUGAAAGGUUCCCAUUCUUCUUUAAAGUCACAGUUGUGCUUAUCACGGAGUUUAUGUGUCAACUUUGCCAAUUCCGCCUAGCCCAUCAGUUUCUCUUGCCACUGUUCUUUUGUCGGGAUUUCUUCGUUCUUCCAUUCUUGUGCCAUUAAGACUCUUGCUGCCAUUGUCACGUAGGUAAAGAUGUUUUUCAAUUUCCUUGCCAGGUCUUUCCCUACAGUCCCUAACAAAAAUGCUUCAGGCUUUUUUGCAAAUGUUAAUUGGAACAUUUUCUCUAACUCAUUAUAUAUCAUUUCCCAGUAUUUUUUAAUUUUACUACAAUCCCACCACAUAUGGUAAAAGGUCCCUCCUUCUCUCCCCCCCCUUUUGAAAGCUGCACAACAGCCCUUUGAGGUAGACUGGCCUUAAAUUCGCCCUGCAAGAUCUUUGCAGCCAGGAGGUCUUUACCGUAGAGCUCAGAGCUGGAGCUCUUGCUUUUCAGGCAAAAGACCAGCAGGUCCAGUCCUUGACGUCUUCUGAUCGGAUUGGGAGACAGCCCUGCUGGAGAACUGCUGCCAACCAGUGCAGACACCACUGAGCUAGACAGGCUAAUAGAUCUGACGUAGCAGAAGGCGACUUCCUGAGCUGAAUUGUCAACCAGCCCCUUUUCCAGAACCAUGAGGACUAGAAUAUUGUUUUAUUUUUCGGGGAAAGAGCUGCCGCCAGCCAGUGUAGACAGCCCUAGGUGGCCCAAUAGAUCUGGGUUGGGGCCAGGUGACUUCCUGUGUUUCCGCAAAGGUCCACGAGAGUUGCACACUGCCAAGUGGGGUGGUGGGGGCCCUGUUGCUUCCCCUAGCCCUGGCCGCAGUGGUGGGACUCUGAUCCCGGCUUGCCUCACAGGGUUGUUGUUGCGACACUGACACGGGAGGGCAGGCCUUGCGGGAAAGUCGGGAGGCCCAAGUUCCAGCUGCUGCCUUAAAUGUCUCUCCAAAGCCCUGUAUUCCUGUUGUGGAAAGAGCUGAUUUAAUGGCUGAGUUAAACGGGGUUAAAGUACCAGUCUGCUUAGUACCAUCUGACAUUGGCAUCUUAGACCCUUGGCAGGCUGCACAUUUGUUAUCUGCCAGCUUGUUUUGCACAAGACUUGCACCACACUGCCCGUGGGCUGGCCCUUGUUUCAAAGCAUCGCCAAGUCCUGAAACAGUUCCAGAGAAAGUGCUUCUUGCAGGCCUUGUGUAAACUACUGUGCUCGCUGCAACAGGUGGCACGGCUGCUGGUGAGUUUGUGGUUGAGGAAGCAAAGCCAGGACUCUUUAAAAUACCCAGCACACUUCCUUCUUUCAGGAUUUUGCAGGCUUAAAGAGACCAUCAUACUCAUGUUUGCGCUUUGAUGCUAUUGACCACUGCAUUACACAGAGGCAAGACUGGGGUAUCCUUGGGUCCUGAAGGAUCAGAUGCUUUUGCAACAGGAGCACUAAAUUUGAAUGCACCAGGGACACUGACGGCAGUACAGUGUUGCAAUUAGAGAUGAUUUUGCAAUUAGAGAUGAAAAUCUGUUCACAGGACUGCCGGCAUUACUGGCCGGUUGCAGCUUUUUAGCCACUGAUUGCACAGAACUGUCAGGCGAAGAUGAGGCAAUAUUUUGGCAAAGGUGACUGUUAUGUACUGAAGUUCUCACCCUGGGCCAGCAGGGGGAUACUGUAGAUAGUUAUGCAAAUAAGGGAUCAAAAGUGACAUUCAGUGAUUGGAUAGUUUUAGGAAAUUGUUAGAGUUAUGUUGUACUGGAGCUCUAUAUAAGCAGGCAGACUGAACCCUUCAGUUCAGUUCUGUUCUGGCCUGUGAAUAAACAAGAGCUGUUUGAAGAAACGUUGUGUCGUCUGAUAUGUUCACCCACAACUUAGCAGUGACGUACUGAUGGGCAAAGAUAUUUCUGGUAGCGCUGGCAUAUCCAUUUCCUCUUGUGCAGGUUUUGAUACAUAGCGGACACCUCUUUCCCUUCUCAUCUUGCUGCCACCACCUCCUACUGAAGGAGGAAGGCUGUUGGUUGCAGAGGUACUGAACCUGGGAGUUUGUGAAGCUUUCUGACGAUUCUGUCUUCUGGUCUACGGCCAGAUUUUUCUCUUGUACAGCGGUACCUCUGGUUGCGAACGGGAUCCGUUCCGGAGCCCCGUUCGCAACCUGAAAGAAACGCGACCCAUGUCUCUGCAUGCGCGGGUCGCAAUUCGCCACUUCUGCGAAUGCGCGUGACGUCCUUUUGCGCGUCUGCACAUGCGCGAGUGGCGAAACCUGGAAGUAACCCUUUCCGGUACUUCCGGGUCACCGCAGGAUGCAACCUAAAAAAAUAUAUCAUGAAGCAAACGUAACAAGAGGUAUGACUGUACUCCCUUAUGGAUCAUCUCUGUUCUCUGUCAAAUCUUGCGAAAGUCGGAAGGUGGACAACUGUCAAUAAAACGUGUCUCAGUCCUGCUGGCAGAUUGUAUGUGAGAUUUCUCCCCCAGCCCCCCGUCAAGGACGCUGACUCCCUUUCCUUUCUUCCCGGCAGGAGAUGGCAUCAGGAUGGCAGACGAUGAAGACCUCGAAAGGGCAGCCCCCAUUCGGCGGCGGCGAGGGAGAAGGAAGAAGGUCCCAUCUUCAACAACGGAGAAGCAGACAGCGAUCGUGCCCCCCAAGAACAAGGGGCCCCCGAAGUUGACGCUGAAGAUGAAACCUCCAAAGUGCCCCGAGUGCGGCAAGAGCUUCCUGAGCAACGUGGCGAUGGUCAUCCACAUCCGGACGCACACCGGGGAGCGGCCCUUCAAGUGCCACCUGUGCCCCAAGGGCUUCCCCUCGCGGGGGGACCUGAAGCGGCACAUCAAGACCCACCUGCGCCCCAAACGGAGCCCGCCUCCCCCCGUGGAGGCCGCCUGCGGGGGCAAGAAGCGCCUGGCCGCCAAGCUGCAGCUGCUGAGCCACCUGCAGCGCCCGCCGGACCCCCAGAAGCCCCACGUGUGCGCCCAGUGUGGGAAGGGCUUUGGCACACCCCAGAGCCUCCAGAAGCACCAGGGGACCCACUCCACUGAGCGCCCCUUCUCGUGCGCCCAGUGCGGGAGCAGCUUCCGCCUGAAGCAGAUCCUGGUGGCGCACAUGGACUGCCACGCCACCGAGCGCCCCUACCCGUGCCAGGAGUGCGGGAAGACGUUCGUGCAGGAGCGUGGCCUCCGCAGCCACCAGCUGGUCCACACGGGCGAGAAGUGCUUUUUGUGCGAGGCCUGCGGGCGCCGCUUUGCCUACAAGCAGCACUUCCUCAAGCACCUCCGCCUGCACACCGGGGAGCGGCCCUUCUCGUGCGCCGAGUGCGGGAAGACCUUCCGGGACCGGGCGACGCUCAGCAUCCACAACCGGAUGCACACGGGUGAGCGCCCCUACAGCUGCCCGUUCUGCGGCAAGGCCUGCCGGCAAAAGCAGCACCUCAACAGCCACCUGAAGGUGCAUCGGGGAGAGGUGCUCCCCCCCAGCGACGGCACGGGACGGACCCUACAGAAGGCCUGGGCGAAGGAGAAGCCCCACGCCUGCCCCAGGUGCGAGAAGCGCUUCCGCGACAAGCGGGUCAUGAGGGCCCAUCUGCUGACUCACGACCAAGAGUCCUUGUCCGCCGGGGACGCUGGCCCGGCCCAGGCAGAGACCAAAUCCGCCAGCGGGAGAGGCGGGGGCCGGAAGCAGCCCGCCUCUCUGCAUGCAACUGCGCCCCCUGAAAAGUUGCCUUUUGGGUGUGCUCAUUGUGGGAGGAAGUUUCCCCAGCGGAAAUCCCUCCUGUUGCAUCAGAGGAGCCACAGGUGAGGAGGGAUGGCUCCCGCUGAGAGUCCAAUCCUGGCGUCCUUUUGGGAAGGAGCCUUGCAUUUUGACAGCGGUACAUCAUACUGAGCAAGUCAAACCUCAUGAAGAAAGCAACUCGUGCCGUGCCCUCCGAUUAGUUCCUGAGACCAAAAGUCCCCGUCAUUGCAGGGCUUUCCCCAAGCAAUCGGAGACUGCGCCUGCAAGAAGCCUCUCUCUCCCCUGCCCUUUUCAUGCCUCUUCUGGAUCUGGGAGAGCAUGGCAGAGGAGAGCUUGUUGCAGCAGGAGGGGGAGACGCCGAUGCCUCUUCCCCAGCCAGACCCAUCUCUGCCUCUUGGUCUCCUUCCUCUCCUGCCUCAGCUUCUGCCUCUGAUUCCGGACUGCUCUCUGCCACAGACUCCUCCCGCUCACUAAGCCCUGUUGCCUCUUCAGCUUCUGACACCUCCUUUUCCCAGUCUUCUCCUUCCCAUUCAUUGGCCUUCCACUGCCCCUCCCCAGGCUCUGAGCCUUCUUCCCUUGGGGGUUCGCCGGCUGGUUCCUGCUCCCAUUCAUUUGUGUCCGACAAUUCCAUGACAGAUAAAAACAUGCCAACCUGCUUGGUUCCCAAACGAUUUUGGCCAACCCCCCUUCCUGCUGGGACAAUGCAGGAGUGCUCCUUUGGGGAUGAAGUCAAACCACUGAAGAGUCACAGCGCCUGCUGUGGCUGCAGAAACCGAUGCAGGAGAGACAUGUUUCGUUGCAGUUGGGGCAGAGGAAGGCGCCCGGUUGUUCUGCUGCAGAUAAACCUAUAAAAAGCAUUCUUCAGCCUAGCGGUGUGCAUGACCCACUGUGGAAGAUAACAGCACCAUAAAAUUCAAAAGAGAAAUGCUCAGUUGCAGUUUUUCAAAAUGCAAUUACACCUGUUUUUCAAAGUUUGAUAGUCGUUUACUCCCCUCUUGAGCUGCCCCAGUUUGGGAGUGACUGGCCCAGCCUGAAAAGGGCCCAUGGGAAUCUCUAACUGGGAGUGACCUUGUUCCCUUUAAUGAUUCUUCUGUGUGGGCCAGACCCCUCUCUAUCCUGCCCGCCCCCAUUCCUUGUGUUUCUAGAAGUGGGGAAUUUCAAGUUUGAAAAAAGAUAUGCAAAUGUUAAUAUGAAAUACCCAGUAUCUUGGAAUAUUAAAGACGAACCAAUUAAACAAAACCAAACUGAAAAGGGGAAAAGAAAAAGGAGAACUUCAAAAUAUCUACCCCAACAAUUCUGCGUUCUAUAAACUAAUGUUUUCUUCAAUCCUCAAACGCUGAUCUCACAAGUUGAUUUUCUUUUUCACACAAAAGCUCCGUAAGAAGUUGUAGUAAAUAUCGACAAUGAUUUUUCUCUUAAUGAAACACAUCAAUUUCACCAUCUUAGCUAGGAGCCAUUCUUUCGUGGUAGAACCAACAGGUUGUUUUGACCCAGGCCAGCGCUAAGAGAGAGCGGGGAAGAAAAAUCUGUGGCAGAGAGUUCCACAGUUUAACUGUUAUUAUUAAUGUACAGUGGUACCUCGGGUUACAUGCACUUCAGGUUACAGACUCCGCUAACCCAGAAAUAUUACCUCGGGUUAAGAACUUUGCUUCAGGAUGAGAACAGAAAUUGUGUUCCAGCGGUGCAGCGGCAGCAGGAGGCCCCAUUAGCUAAAGUGGUGCUUCAGGUUAAGCACAGUUUCAGGUUAAGAACGGACCUCCGGAACGAAUUAAGUACUUAACCCGAGGUACCACUGUAUUCUGUACGCAUUCUUCACCCCAAGUUCCCAGGGUGUGUUACAGCAUUAAAAACAACAUUAAAAACCAUUUGAAACUGUGCUCCAUGAGGUGCUUCCUUGUCUCUGUCCUGACAGGAGAUGUGAAAGUGAAUUGGUGCUUACAUGUCAGAGAAGAAGCUGCCUUGGUCUGUUGCAAGAAAUGCAAUGUCGGAGGCAUGCGGCACCUUCAGAGACCCAGCAAAAGUUCUUGCAAGAAGUGUGGUGCAAUGCACAUAUGUGGUUUGAGGAUCAGGAAUGUAAGCAGCCAGGUCUGGAGGAAAGGAAGUGUGGAAAGGGCAGGUGGCGAUAAUGACCUCACUGGCAAGAGAUUGCAUUUCAGCCUCUUCACGUAUCCUAACGCAGCAG